CAGUGGACCAACUACAUUCAUGGGUGGCAAGAUCGAUGGGUAGUUCUGAAAAGCAAUGCACUCAGUUAUUACAAGUCUGAAGAUGAAACGGAAUAUGGCUGCAGAGGUUCUAUCUGUCUGAGCAAGGCUGUGAUUACACCCCAUGACUUUGACGAAUGCAGAUUUGAUAUUAGCGUAAACGAUAGUGUUUGGUACCUCCGAGCUCAGGACCCAGACCACAGACAACAGUGGGUAGAUGCAAUAGAACAACACAAGACUGAGUCUGGCUAUGGAUCAGAGUCAAGUUUACGACGUCAUGGAUCCAUGGUGUCUCUUGUUUCUGGAGCAAGUGGAUACUCUGCAACAUCCACCUCUUCGUUCAAGAAGGGCCAUAGCUUACGGGAGAAGCUUGCAGAAAUGGAAACCUUUAGAGACAUAUUGUGUAGACAAGUUGAUACUUUACAGAAAUACUUUGAUGCCUGUGCAGAUGCAGUUUCAAAAGACGAACUCCAAAGGGACAAAGUGGUAGAAGAUGAUGAAGAUGACUUCCCUACAGUGCGUCCUGAUGGGGAUUUUUUACAUAACAGUAACAGCAGUAAGGAAAAAUUGUUUCCGCAUGUGACACCCAAAGGCAUUAAUGGCAUAGACUUUAAAGGAGAAGCUAUAACUUUCAAGGCAACUACUGCUGGAAUCCUUGCUACACUUUCUCAUUGUAUUGAACUCAUGGUAAAACGUGAAGAAAGCUGGCAAAAGAGGCUAGAUAAGGAGGUAGAGAAAAAGAGAAGAGUUGAAGAAGCAUACAAAAAUGCUGUGACAGAACUGAAGAAAAAGUCCCACUUUGGAGGGCCAGACUAUGAGGAAGGUCCUAACAGUCUGAUUAAUGAAGAAGAAUUCUUUGAUGCUGUUGAAGCUGCUCUCGAUAGACAGGAUAAAAUGGAAGAACAGUCCCAGAGUGAAAAGGUUAGGUUACACUGGCCAACAUCCUUACCUUCUGGAGAUGCAUAUUCUGCUGUGGGGACUCAUCGGUUUGUCCAAAAGCCCUAUAGUCGCUCUUCCUCCAUGUCUUCCAUUGAUCUAGUCAGUGCCUCUGAUGAUGUUCACAGAUUCAGCGCCCAGGUGGAAGAGAUGGUACAAAACCAUAUGACAUAUUCCUUGCAAGAUGUAGGAGGAGAUGCCAAUUGGCAGCUAGUGGUAGAAGAAGGAGAAAUGAAGGUAUACAGAAGAGAGGUGGAAGAGAAUGGAAUAGUUUUAGAUCCUUUGAAAGCAACCCAUGCCGUUAAAGGGGUAACAGGGCACGAAGUUUGCCAUUAUUUCUGGAAUGUCGAUGUUCGUAAUGACUGGGAAACAACAAUUGAAAAUUUCCAUGUUGUGGAAAAUUUAGCUGAUAAUGCAAUCAUCAUUUACCAGACACAUAAGAGGGUGUGGCCAGCUUCUCAAAGGGAUGUGCUGUAUUUGUCUGCCAUCAGAAAGAUACCAGCAUUCAGUGAAAAUGAUCCUGAAACAUGGAUUGUGUGCAAUUUCUCUGUGGAACAUGACAGUGCUCCUCUGAACAAUCGCUGUGUCCGUGCCAAAAUAAACAUUGCUAUGAUUUGUCAGACAUUAGUAAGCCCACCAGAGGGGAACAAGGAAAUUAGUAGGGACAACAUCCUAUGCAAGAUUACAUAUGUAGCUAAUGUGAACCCAGGAGGGUGGGCACCAGCGUCAGUGUUACGGGCAGUGGCAAAACGAGAAUAUCCAAAAUUCCUGAAGCGUUUUACAUCAUACGUGCAAGAGAAAACAGCAGGAAAGCCUAUUUUAUUCUAGUAUUAUCAGCUAUCAGAAAAAGACUGGGUGAGCAUUCCACGUUGGAGAAGUGACCAUGCGUAAAGCACUCCAUGGUGGAACGAAGGAUCUACAGUCUUUUUAUGGCCCAAGUUCUUGGCUUUGUAUACUGAAGUGAAUAUACUGUCUGAGUAUCUGAAAUUAGUGCUCUCCUGCUAACUUUUCUUGCUGAAUCAGUGUGUAAUUAUAAAUACAUGUAUUGAUAACAUGUAUAUGGCUCUUUUUAUUUGCUUGCUUUAGGAGAAGAACAACACAUACAACUUCAGAUCAAGAACAUGGGUUACUGCUUUAAUUUUAAACAAGUUGCAGAAUUUCACUAUCAACCUUACAAAGAUACUCAUGCAGUUCUUGUGCAUGUCUAAAGUACAGAAGUACAAAUUCACAUAUAGCAUACUGUUCAUGCUUUUUACAUGCACAAAAAUCUGUAUGGUAUUUGGGGAGGGAGGGACUUCAGCAAAGUCUAGGUGACUUACUGGCAGGUUUUAUUUUGCUUUGUAUAAUCAUAGAUCACUGCUGCUGGUUUCUAUAAUGAAUCAUCUUGUUACAUAAAAUGUCAGUUAAUAACUGAGGGCUGUUGAUAUUCUUAUGACUUUGCCUUUUCUAUUGUCUUACUCUUAUGACGAUAUUUGGUUCUGAAGGAGUAAGAGUGUGAAAAGCUUUAUUUUUUUCCAGAUAUCUUUAUAUUUCUAUUGUAUUUUUUAGUUAUGUAAUAUGUGCUACAGAAUUUUGUUUUUAAACAUCUGGAAAUAUCUAGGAAGACUCUAUAUGAGUGUGUAGGAGACUGCCUGAAAGCUUAAAGUCAUCUGUCCAUGCUAUAUGUGGACUGCUGUAUUGCAUGAUAUCCAGAGCUUUCCCAAAGCUAUGAGAAGGUACACUAUAAUAUUUAUUGGGAGUAAUUUGGACUACAUAAGACCAACAUUCCCAGUCUUGAAUAACGAUGAGUACAUUAUUCUCAGAUCCUGCAUGUGCGUUCCUCAUCUUAAUAAAGUCAUGCUAUAAGGUUCAUAUAGAAAAUUACUUCUCUUGAUCAUAAAACCCAUCAGAGCUAUAAGGAUGCAUAGUUCUUAUUGCAAAGUUCCCUUUAGUUGCUGUGAGAAUUUAAAUGUCAGAUACUUGCCUGCGUUUGAUUCUGGAAAUGCUCAUUGAGAGGACUCUGGCAGAUUGGUACUGACUCUGAGGUCUUUUAUCCAUGUCCCAUAGUCAGAAACUCUUCAGACACUGCUCAGUGUUUCACUGACCUGUGUAUCUUAAGAAAAAAGUUUGAUAUAUUUUUUCAAAAGAAAGCUAAAAGUCUUAUUUGAUACAGAAUGGUAGGUGCCUGACAAUAAAUAUAAUACAGUAACCUAAUGAAGAUUUGGUAAAUGAUUAAAUGUGAUCUUCAGUGUUGAAAAACUUUCUGUUCAUCAUCUCUGUAAAAAUUAAAUCGUACAUAACAUGAUUAUACAUGCAUGCAGAUUUCAUGCUCCAUAACUCUUCCCUUAUUUGCCUUUCUUUAAUGGUGUGCAUGGAAUAUGCCUUAUCACAGAGUUAUUCUGUUAAUUUGAAUAUGUAGAAAAGUGCCUAUAUGGUAAUACUAGUAAGGCAAAUAAGAUGAAAAUUUGUACUUGUUUACUGUAUCACCAGUGAGCGUUUUAUAUAGUGAUGUCAAAAAUCUUAUACCUCAAAUGUACUUCAUCUUUUUACAUCAACCAAGCAGUGGUUCGUUCCGCCAUAGCCACUGAUGGGAAGGUUUAAAAAAA